AUGGCAGCUAAACAACCAAAAAGUGGGUUGGAGAUCACAACUGAAUCUGAAAGACAGGGUGAGAAUAUUACCAGCGAUGCGCCAAAAGUCUCCGAUCGAUUUGCGGACGAGAGCUUUAAGCUCCUUUCCAAAAUCCAAGUUGCAGACCCAAGUCCAGAAGAAGCGACACGUAUCCGAAACAAAUGUUUAUAUCGCAUUUUGCCAUUCUUGUGCAUUGGAUAUCACCUCAUGUACGUUGAUAAGCAAACAUUAGGAAGCUCCGCUAUCCUCGGCAUUAUGGAUGACGCGCAUUUGAAUUCAAAUCAGUACAACUGGCUGUCUUCAAUCUUCUACUUUGGAUAUCUAUUGGCAGAAUGGCCGCAGAACUGGGCUUUACAAAGAUUUCCCGUUGCAAAAUGGUUGGCAGGAAACUUGAUUAUCUGGGGCUGCAUCACACUUUUACACGCGCCUUGUAAUAACUUCGCCUCGCUCUUUGUGGUUCGCUUUUUUCUGGGAUUGGCAGAAGCAUCUAUUGUCCCUGCAUUUCUGCUCUCGAUGUCAAUGUUCUUCACUUAUAGUGAGCAGGCUGUCAUGAUGCCAAUUAUGUGGUCAAUUGGUAAUGCAAGCCCCAUUACCUCGGGUUUGCUAUCAUAUGGCGUGUUAUGGAUCGAUACAGGAAAUUUUGCUCCAUGGAAAUGGUUCAUGAUAAUAACUGGAGUUAUUACGAUCAUAUUUGGGGCUUUGGUGUGGCUCUUCUUCCCUGAUAGUCCUCUUCAUGCUAGCUUCUUGACAGAAGAAGAACGCGCACAAGCAAUCUUGAGAAUCAAGGAAAACCACUCUGGAAUUGAGCAUAAGACAUUCAAGAAAUACCAGUUUCUUGAAGCAAUCCAGGAUCCCAAAACAUGGCUGUUCUUCUUACAUUCAUGGUCUCAAGAAAUGGCAAACGGAGUUACAAAUCAAUACUCUCUAAUCAUUAAGUCUUUCGGAUUUACAGUUCUCCAAACAACACUACUUGGUUGUGUGACCGGGGUGGUUUCAUUUUUUUCUCUGGCAACAGCAGCGAUCGUACUUUACUACACCAAGAACUCCCGGGCAUGGAUAUCACUUAUUGCUUACAUUCCGGGAGCUUUAUCUAGCAUCCUCUUACUAGCUCUACCCUGGUCGAAUCGCUGGGGCCUCAUCUCAGGCAUCUGGAUUAGAUCCACAACCGGGAUACCUUACGCUGUCGUAAUGAUAUGGGCUGCAAACGCAUCAGCAGGACAUACAAAAAAGACCACUGUCAUUGCGCUAUAUCACAUAGGUUAUGGCUUGGGGAACAUUAUUUCUCCUCAACUAUUUCGUCCGCAGUGGAAGCCGCGAUAUAAACCGACUUGGAUUAUCCUUCUUGUGGUUGCUGCCAUUCUUCCUUCAAUUGUCAUUAUCAUUCUCCGUAUCUACCUGAAGAACGAGAACAAACGUAGGGAUAAGCUAGAUGCGGUCGAUGCCAUCGCUGGAAGUGGAAUCGUUGAGUUUAUUGAUUCCGAUGGUACCAAGGUGGCUCGUGUUGUGGACAAUAACCAGAUGGAUCUAACAGACAAAGAGAAUUUGACUUUGUAA